AGAGCAGCAUAUAUAGCGGUGGAGCAGCCGCCAAACGCGGCUUAGUAGAAAAACGUGCUCCAAGAGGGCGAAAUCGACCGAGAGCCAAAAGAUCUCCGCAGCUAGCGAGAACACCCCCCGAGCCGGGCCAACCAGAACAAAAAGGACCCGAGAGGCCCGAAAGUGACCAGAGAGUGUACGUGUAUUGACAGUGAAGGAAAGCGACCAGAUUCGUGGUGAAAUUGCUGAAAAUUUCCAUCCACCUUCGCUGCGCUGUGCUGUUAUCGCGAAAACAUGCGACAAUCAUCGGUGCGACAGGCGGCGCUGCUGCUGCUGGUGGUCGCCUUGACCGUGACCACCACCUUUGCAUAUCCAGCGAGUUAUGAAAAGGACAGGGAGUCGGAUACGUCGGAAGAUGCCGAGUUCAUCGUGGUACCGCUGCCAGCCGAACGGCCAACCUAUUACAAUCGCUACCCGUCCUCGUUUGAAGGUUUCGACGGGGUGGUCGAUACCGGAGACUUUGCUCCGGUGCCAGCCCGUCCUGUCUACUUCCCCUCGUACAAUCCAUUCUCGUGGCAUCUCUCGGGAUAUCUGGAUGACAUCCUGAAACGUAUGCGCGAUCGUUUCUCUGGCUCGUGGAAUCCCUUCUACGGUGGAAUCCCGUCGACGGUGGACUUUAUCCCCUCGGGACCAGGCAUCUGGCCUUCGGAGAUUCCGGAAGAUUCGUCGUCGGAAGACGGAACCAACACCAACUCCACUUCGACCGUUAAGGUGAUCGAUGGACACAAGGUUGUAAUCAACGAUACGUACUACACCAAGAAAACCGGGUACGGUACAUCGAUCUUCAAGGUACGCGUGAUCGACGUGAAGCCAGCCUCCGGUGAAGGUGGCGAUGAGGCGCCAGAAUCAAAACCGGAGCAACCGACCGAGGUCGAGGUGGCCAAUCGGAAGGGUGAGGACGACGAGGAAUCGAAGAAGCCAGAAUCGACGACCGUCGAUCCGACGACGCGUGAUACGGAGCUGGAAUCGAGCGAUGAAGGUGAAACGCCGGCCGAUGAUAAUCUGAACACGAUCGACUCCGGAUCGGAUGAUGGCGAUAUCGAUGGACCGAAAGCGAAGGAAGCUGCGCCGGAGGAGAGCGACAAGACGGAGGUAAAUACGGAGAGCUCUACUGAUACCGCUGAGGAUGCUACUACCGCUACUACAGCCGCUGCUGCUGCUGCUGCUGCCUAAUCUUCUGAAUGCUAUCUUCUACAACAAUGGCUAACCAUUUCUCUUCCGGACUGAUCUAAAACCCGUUCCUCUUCCAACGAAAUCAUAUCUUCCUGGGUCCCUUGGAAAGCAAACAACAAAUGAUCUCUCACCAAAACUGACAAAACGAAACAUUCGCGUGGCUAUAAAAUUGGUGGUGCCUCAUGAAUUGAAACGCUGAUCGCUGAUUGGACUACACUUCUUUGGGUGAAUGCUGAAAACUCUGUCAUGCUCUUCCUAUUCCGCCAUUCCGAUCUUGUACAUUCGAUCCUUAUCUCAUUUCACCCCUGUACUGUCUACUGUCUCUCUUCAUUCUUUGUUGGUUCAUGUAUCUUUCUCCAACAUAGCAUGUAUAUAGGCAAUUAUGAGUGUUGCGAUGCGAAUGUUAUUACAUUCCUCUUACCAUGUUUGACCCGUUUCCCAUAUUAACUACAGGAUUAAGAGUCCGAGUGUGGACCUGUGGGCGAUUUCGUGGCCCAACCGGGCAUUCGAUUUCAUCAAGCCGAUCAUGAGCAGAACCAGCGAGAAGAGAUGCAUUUGUUUUAGUGCAACCGAGUGAAACAUCGGAAGAAGUGGGAUUGUUUAAGCUUGCCAAGGGUUGUAGAUAAGGGGCAGCAAUGUGAGUGGUGGAGUGGGAAUCCGGUUUGCAGAAAUGCUGGAUCCCAUCCCAGACGAUUCCCUGCUCUGUGUACAAUACAUUGGUUGUGAUUGCGGAUGCGGAUGAAUGACGAUGGGUUUUGUUUUUGGGGCAAAGGAAUGCACGCGGUGUAGUAAACGCCCUUUCCGAGUUUUGUAUUAAGCCUUAACCUACUUAAGCUAUUCAGUGAAUGAAAUGUAAAUAAAAUUAAUAAGAACUCAA